AUGGAACAAUUACCGCAAGAGCUCUUGAGAGUGAUCAUUGACGUUUUGGCUCCCGACAACACCAACGCAUCAAGAGAAGUCCUCAAAACUUUUCAGCUGGUUUCCAAAGAUUGCGCUGAUGCCGCAGCCGGUGUUCUCUUUCGCCAGAUCCCAGUAUGGAUAAGUCGUGUGAGCCUGGAGAAUCUCAAAGCUGUGUCAGAGCAUCCUGUAAUCUCUCAGCACGUCCGCGAGAUUCUGUUCGCGCCCCUACGAUUCGUUAAGGGCAACAUCGACGAACUAGUAGUAAAAGUUUUGGCGAGACGCGCACAUUUAGAGAUCCUUCAAGAGCGUUGUGCAAAGUAUCGCUUCGGCCUUCUGCAAUAUUGGCGGGAUCAAGCGUUGCUUGCUCAGGAUGGCCAGGAUCUUCAAAUGGUCACACAAGCGCUUCAAAUAUUGCCAAACAUGAAUAGCAUACGCAUUGGUCCAAGCCUAGUCGGCUCGGCAGAUAUCGGAGAAAGCCUUGGGGCUGGCACACGCCGGGAGCUCUCGAACAAUGGCGAAUAUACUCUACCGCUUCUCUUCAGAGCGAUGGCCAAUGCUGGAACCUGCUUACAGUCUUUUACCUUGGACAAUAGCGCAAAGUACGUACGUCCUGGUGGGCUUUCGUGGCUCCCAGCCUUGGAAUCGAGACUCAGCGGGUUAUCGUCGUCCGCGGUCUGCAAAGCGGUUGAUGCUCUUGGCGAUAAAAGGAGUAUGGUGUUUGGCGCUGUCAAGUCGUUCCAGGUCCCAUGCUUCUGCACAUCUAAGUUCAGCCAUGAAGAGAUACAGAACGCUCUAUCGGCUGUGAAUGAACUUCUAGCUGGGUGUCAGAAUAUUGAUCAUUUUUCUUUGAACGUUAUUCAUUCCGGAGAGGUACGAACGUUGACAGAAGUGAUCCCACCAGAGAUGCCUGUCCGUCAAUCAAAAUUAAGGACACUUGAUACAGGCCACAUGAAGGCAAGUGCGAUGGAGAUAUUCUCAUGGAUUGGUCUGAGUUGCCAAACUUUGGAGACGGUCUACCUGUAUUUCGUACUUAUUCGGCCCCCAGACGAUUGGUCUGUGGUAUUAAAUUUAUUUCGAACCCUGGAAUUCGAUCGGCUCCAGUCGUUCCGACUUUUCGGUUGUGAUGGCUCAGAGACCGCUGCUGUCUCGGUGCAGGUGGAGUCUUACAUCAAGAAGCUCACUGAUGAAGAUCCAAUAGCACAGCGGCUGAAGUUAAUACGGGAAUCACGCGGAAUUGCCGAUGCAAAUGACUCAAGCGAAUCGAGCUGGCAUACCGAGAGCUCCGACGAGUCAAGUUUCGCCGAGAAUUCUGAAAUUUCCAGCGAUGAUGUGUGGUCUGCGGCUUCAUCCGACGAGACGACUGCUGAUGAGCAAGAAGACGACACUUCAACAUUCUCUUCUGGUUCAAACGAUGAAGAUGGGUUUUAA